CAGACCUCCCCCAAAAAGGCAACAGCAGCCAUAGAACAGGGCCGCGUGUGAUCUUGUCCAACAUCACAACAUGGCUUUUGUGGGUGCAUUGUUAAUGCUUUUGCCUGUUGCGUGGACAUGCUCUCCCCAAAAAGCAGACUACGUGAUGGUGUCAUGUUUCCCCAACGCCAUCAUUGCCAACGUCCCAGAGUGUCCCUACGGUUGGGAGAUCGAACAGCUGUCCCUGGGUGGGGUUUGUUACUCUGGAAUACACAGCCCAGGCUACUACCGCUUUAUCAUCCCAGACCUGACUCCCAAAAACCACUCGUACUGCGGCACGCACUCUGAGUACAUACCUGGCAAAGACCCUAAGUACGUCUUCUAUAACUCCAUUGUGUCCAACGACACGUCGCUCACGGUCAGAAACCAGCCGGUGAACUACAACUUCAGCUGCAUGUACCGAGCAGCCUACCUGGUUAAUAACGCAGUGUUCAGCCAAAGAGUGGCAACAGUUUAUGUCAACAACGGGAGUUUAGGCACUUUUAGGUCACAGUUGUCCAUGACUGUUUUCACGAAUUCAAAGUUCCUGUAUGCCAAAGAUGCUCCCUAUGUGAUCGAAACGUCUGAGAUCGGCUCUGAAGUCUUCAUUGGCAUCGAGGCCAAAGGACUAAGUAACAGAUUCAAAGUUGUGAUAAACAACUGCUGGGCCACGCCGAGUCCAUACUCAACAGACAAGAAGAGGUGGAGUCUCAUCAUCAGCAGCUGUUCCUCCGAUAACACUGUGACUAUUUUUGAGAAUGCCAAAGACAGCCGCUCCACGUUCAAGUUCAACUCUUUCCGCUUCCAACGGCUGGAGAAGGUUUCCACCGUCUGGCUGCACUGCGAGGUCCAGGUCUGUGAUGGAGAGAGGCUCGUCUGCCAGCCAGCCCCCUGCUCGUCCAGAAGUUUGUUAGCAGAGGCAGAACCGAGUGGGGGGGUCCUUACUGCCGAGUUCCACCUUAAAGGUAUUAAUUCCUCCAAUAAUGGACACAUAAAAGGCACUUCACUUUUCAUCCUGCUGGCUGUCUUCAUAAACACAUGUUGUAAUUUAGUAAAUGGAUCAAGAAUGUGGUAAAAGAUUGUAUUCACGUCACCCCUCACUCAAAUGAAAGGACAUUCUCACCAUCUCAC